AUGGUCUUUUUAGCUUGCAACAGUUCUUUAGCUAGGAAUUGUACCAAGUAUGGAUUACAUUAUCGUAAUAGAUUAACACUUAUUGGAGUUCGAUCAAUUUCACACGCGUGUUCAUUCGAUUGGAGUAGAAAACCAUACCAUAUUAUUCGUUUUAGCCAUGGAAAAUCCAAGCACUACUUUGCAACAACAUUCAACGCCAAUCUUCAACAUCAUCGAUUAUUUGUCAAUCGAACCAGUCCCAACUUAAAUAACGACAAUAAUAGAAGUGAUAAUCCUGCCGGAGAAACCAAAAUUGUUACAGUUGAUCUAGCAGGAAGAGUGCUUGGUCAUGACUUUAGUAAGGAUUCAUUCUUAGAAGGUGCCAACCAGGCUAUGAAAAUGAUUUGUGAUGCAAUCUCUACCGAUGAUUAUUCAAGGAUUGAAGAUUUACUCAGUCCAGAAGCAAAAGCUUCUGCUAAACAGUGCAAAACGACCCUAGACCGUCGUGGAUGGGAUAUACGUAAUAUUUUAAAUUAUAACGGACAACCUUUAACCCAAAUCUUUAGGGUUUUUCCAUCUAUAAUAACAAUAAUUUAUGAACCUGAAGGUAAAAAAUUCAUUUUUAUAUGCGUUCGGUACCUAUACGUUGAUUUGUCAUCUAUACAACCUGAAACUGUUGGUUCAAAGUUAUUCUCAGAAGAAGGAAGAAUAUCAUUAAGGAAUGAUAUGAAAUUUAUUAUGGCAUCAGUGAGGUCCAAAUUUAAAUGGUUAGGUGGUAACAUGCACAAUGGAAAAGAGUAUAGUAAAUAUUAUUAUUCAAAUUUUACUGUAUCUAUCGGUGAUAUUGCCCUCGUAACUAUUGUUACCAUGAAGAAAUGGUUUGUGAAUUUGAAAUUGGUUUAUGGCUCGAGAAUUAUUAUAAGCAAAUAG